CAUUAUCUUUAUAUCUUUCAGGUACCAUGGUAUAUUCAAUCCUCUGAUGCCCCGGAUGAAGAAAGCGACAUUGGUGGUGAUCGUCAUCGUAACAUGGCUUGCAUCGCUGCUCGUCGCCACGCCUACCGCCCUCUACACCCGGGUCUACAACGGUACAUGCAAUGGGAAAGAAUUCCGCUUCUGCGCCGAGUACUGGCACAACGUCAAAGCCUCGCAGAUCUACGUGGUGGCGCUGUCCGUGGUGGAGUUCAUGGUGCCCAUGCUGAUCAUGGGCACCAUCUACCUGAGCAUUGCGACCAAACUGUGGCUACACCGCCAUCCUCCUGGACACAUGACAGCCCGCCAUCGUGAGAUUACCUUGGUCCGCAAGCAGAAGACCAUUCCGAUGCUUGUGGCAGUUGUGGUAGCCUUCUGCUUCUGCUGGGCACCCUACCACGCCUACAACGUCGCCGUGGUCUUCCUGUACGAGGAGCUGGAGCGACAGCCCUACUACCUUCUCCUCAUGUACGUCGUCGAAGGACUCGCCAUGCUCAAUGGCGUGGUCAGUACCAUCAUCUACUUCGGCUUGAGCCCUGUAUUCCGCAAGGAGCUUGCGAACAUGUUCGGAAAGGCCUUUGUCUGUUGCAAGUUGCCAUCCCUCGGCCUGUCCCAGACCCGGACGUCACACCGGUCCAAUGGCAGUCAGUCCUCCAACAUCCCCAGACUUAAUGGCUACACCAACGGAACAAGGAAACCUAUCACCGUUGAGACCGUUGAUACGCGGAUAUGA